UUUCCAUCUUGCAAGGUAAGAAUGGCGGGUCCUCUCUGCAAGACUCGAUUUCGGAAUCCCCAAUCCUUCGCCAUCCGAACCAGGAGGGUUUCAAGUGGACACCUACAGGGGUCGGACAUGGUCGGGGCCAACUGAGAGGCCUCCCAGACGGUUCAUUUAUGUCGCCUGGGUUUGCUCAUGGCGCGAAGAGGGUGAGAUGGCGGGCGAAAAAGCCGAGAAGCCGGAUACUAAGGAGAAGAAACCUGAAGCCAAGAAGGUUAAUGCUGGUGGCAAGGCAAAGAAGGGUAACCUAAAGGCUAAAACGCCAAAGAAGGGGAAGCCCCACUGCAGCCGAAACCCUGUCCUAGUCAGAGGAAUUGGCAGAUAUUCCCGAUCAGCUAUGUAUUCCAGAAAAGCCAUGUACAAGAGGAAGUAUUCGGCAGCUAAAUCCAGGGUUGAAAAGAAAAAGAAGGAGAAGGUUCUUGCUACCGUUACAAAACCAGUUGGUGGUGACAAGAAUGGUGGUACCCGAGUGGUUAAACUUCGCAAAAUGCCUAGGUAUUAUCCUACUGAAGAUGUGCCUCGCAAGCUGUUGAGCCAUGGCAAAAAACCUUUCAGUCAGCAUGUGAGAAAGUUGCGAGCUAGCAUCACUCCUGGGACCAUUUUGAUCAUCCUCACUGGGCGCCACAGAGGCAAGAGGGUAGUUUUCCUGAAGCAACUGAGCAGUGGCUUGCUACUUGUGACUGGACCUCUGGCCCUCAACCGAGUUCCUCUGCGUAGAACACACCAGAAAUUUGUCAUUGCCACUUCCACCAAAAUUGAUAUAAGCAGUGUGAAAAUCCCCAAACAUCUCACUGAUGCUUAUUUCAAGAAGAAGAAGCUGCGUAAACCCAGACACCAGGAAGGGGAGAUUUUUGACACAGAGAAGGAGAAAUACGAGAUUACAGAGCAGCGCAAGGUUGAUCAGAAAGCUGUGGACUCGCAAAUUCUGCCAAAAAUCAAAGCUGUUCCUCAGCUUCAGGGCUACCUCCGCUCUGUGUUUUCUCUCACAAAUGGAGUUUACCCUCACAAAUUGGUGUUCUAAAUUUCUUACAAAGAACCUAAUUAAACAACUGAUCCAUUUC